AUGUCGUAUUCGCCCCUUCCCAAUGGCAGCAGCGGGCAGGAAGCGGCGUCGCCAAGCACUCUUUCCCUCAACUCGCCAUCAGGGUCUCCAAAAUCCCACCCCAGUGUCACCGAGAUCUUGUGCUCGCGCCGGGUGCGCCUGCGUCUGAUCGCCCCAAUAGUCAUCACCCUCUCCAUCGUCCUUUUCGUGCUUCACUACGAUGCCGUAGUCUCGGCGCCCGCCGUUUGGGGAUACGGCCACAAUGACACGACCUCGCCCGCAACACACGACCAGCUACAGCUAGACAACGUCGACUGGUCGCGCUUCGCGUACACGCAGUAUGUCACCAACAGCGACUACCUGUGCAACUCCAUCAUGCUCUUCGAGCUGCUGCACAAGCUCGGGAGCCGCGCCGACCGCGUCAUCAUGUACCCCUCGCAAAUGUUCGAUCCCGCCGCCCCAGACGACGGCAGCGGCCGCGGCAACGAUGCCCGCCUCCUGAUCAAGGCCCGCGACGAAUACAAGGUCCAUCUGGUUCCCAUUGAGGUGCAGCGCAGGAGCACGGCCGACGCAACCUGGGCCGAAUCCUUCACGAAGCUGCUCGCCUUCAACCAGACGCAGUACGACCGGGUGCUGUCGCUCGACUCGGACUCGGUAGUGCUGCAGCCGAUGGACGAGCUGUUCCUGCUGCCCGACUGCGCCAUGGCUAUGCCGCGGGCGUACUGGCUGUACCCGGACAAGGAGAUCCUGUCGUCGCAGCUGAUGCUAGUGCGCCCGAGCGCCGCCGAGUUUGCGCGCGUCAUGGCUCGCGCCGAGGCCGGUGGCGGUGAUGACUAUGAUAUGGAGAUUGUCAACUACCUGUACCGCGACAGCGCCCUCGUCCUGCCCCACCGCCCCUACGACAUGCUCACCUCCGAGUUCCGCGCCGAGACGCACGCCUUCUACCUCGGUACCGACGACCCCGCCGCCUGGGACCCCGUCGCCGCCUUCAACGAGGCCAAGUUCCUGCACUUCUCCGACUGGCCCGUCCCCAAGCCCUGGAUCCGCAUGUCGGAUUCGGUGCGCGAGAGCAUGCAGCCGCCCUGCCGCGGCAACGGCGCCGAGAAGUGCGUCGAGCGCGAAAUGUGGCUUGGCUUCUACAGCGAUUUUGCCAACCGCCGUGCGGUUCGUGUUUCUCCCGUCGCGACUCUCUGGAAUCCCAUUCCCUGA